ACACUUGCAAGAAGGCGGGUUUCCAUUAGCCGUGUGAUUAAAAUCCACUGGCCUAAAGUCUGAUGGCCAUCUGAUGCUCACCUCCUCAACUAUACAUACUGCGACUUGGACAAUAUCUAUUAAUAUUUUCAGAUAUCUGCGCGUGGCCUAACCCUAAUGGUACAUAUUACUAAAUUAAACCUAAUGCCUCUGACGGAGAAAUAAUUAUAUCAGUCUACACAAGUCCAGCAGAGAGAAGGCUUUUAGGUGUUUCUCCUGGCCUGGAGGAUUGGCAGAGCUGACAUGUCCACAGGAUCCCUCAGCGACGUUGAAGACCUCCAGGAGCUGCCUGUUCAGAGGCUGGAUCUCCAGUACGGGAGGUCUAAACGGGACGGGGCGAAAGGGCAGCUGUUCAGCUCCGAGGAUGAGAUCAGCACCGGCGAACGAUUCAAGAGCGGCAAGAAGAGAGGGGCCAGGGUGGGAACGGAGGACACCCGACUGGAGAACGGCGACGGCAGGCAGUCACAGCGGAACGCCGCCAACGCCCGGGAGAGGGCGCGCAUGCGGGUGCUGAGCCGGGCGUUCAGGCGCCUGAAGACCAGCCUGCCUUGGGUGCCGGCGGACACCAAGCUCUCCAAGCUGGACACGCUGCGGCUCGCCUCCAGCUACAUCUCGCACCUGCGGCAGCUGCUGCGGGGGGAAGCUUACGACGGCGGCUUAGGGCAGCCCGGCAGCCUGAACCUUCACCUUGCUCUCAUUAGACGUGGCCGUUCAUGGUCCCUGGUCGACCGGAGGACACGAAGGACAGCUCUCCAUCCUCCAGACUAUGCGGAGCCACAGCGUAGACCUCCACAUGCUCCUCCAUCAUCACCUACCUGUGCGAACUGCUUCGAGGUUAAAGGGUGGAUACUGUAUGUGAGGGACCUGAUUUCAGCUCUUCAUCUGAAGACAUGGGACUGACGCAUCCAGACGGAUCUCUUACACCAAGAUAAACUUCCAAAAAAUCGACUGGAGCUCAGUGGGAUGGCUGAUUGUUUGCGUACAUGUAGUAUGUUUUUCUAUAUUUCUCUGUGCCCUAAAUGCCUUUAUACAAGGUUUUUAAACAGGGUAUUGUGUGAACUCUGUACCAGGAAAUUGCAGCGUACUUGUCAAUACUAAGGACUACUGUUGAAUUUCAACUAAUGCUACAGCUGUACGUUUUAUAGAAAUCUUCGAAACAAACAACGAAUAAUAAGGAGAAUGUAGGCAGAGGAGUGUGCAUGAUCAGACCAUGGUGUUGGUCAGCCCACGACCUGUAACCAAGUGUGACCAUUUACCGUAAGACUGUGCCGACAUUUGACAACUCAGUUAAUAACAGCCUUGCUUAUGAGAUGUUAUUAAUAAACGCUUUCAUGUUCUUGAGAGUGUCUAUUUUUAUUUACCCACCUGUCUAUAUUUUCACUGUGCACGCGGCAGAGCUUAACAGCACGAUGCUGCUGCACUACGUGUCCUGCCCCCUCAUAUCUACCUCGUGUGGAAUCCCUGUGUUAUCACAUGUUUCUAGAUGUGUUAAUUGCUGUGGUCUAUAUAAGUGGAUUUCUGUUUCCCCAGUCCUGUCAUUGACGUCUUUAUGUCGUAAGUGCUGCUCUAUGGUCCUGAGUGUGUUACCCCCCCCCCCCCAUAAUAAAGCCCAAGUUUUAUCUAUA